AGGAACCCAUUUACUGUUACACCCCGCACAACUUCACCCGCGACCAGGCGCUGUACGCCCGUGGCUACUGCUGGACGGAGCUGCGGGAUGCGUUGCCCGGCGUAGACGCCAGCCUGUGGCCGUCGCUUUUUGAGCACAAGUUCCUGCCAUACGCGCUGCUGGCCUUCGCCGCCAUCAUGUACGUGCCUGCGCUGGGCUGGGAGUUCCUGGCCUCCACCCGCCUCACCUCCGAGCUCAACUUCCUGCUACAGGAGAUUGACAACUGCUACCACCGGGCGGCCGAGGGCCGUGCGCCCAAGAUCGAGAAGCAGAUCCAGUCCAAGGGGCCGGGCAUCACGGAGCGGGAGAGGCGGGAGAUCAUUGAGAAUGCCGAGAAGGAGAAAAGCCCGGAGCAGAACCUGUUCGAGAAGUACCUGGAGCGGCGGGGCCGCAGCAACUUCCUGGCCAAGCUGUACCUGGCACGGCACGUGCUCAUCCUGCUGCUCAGCGUGGUGCCCAUCUCCUACCUGUGCACCUACUACGCCACACAGAAGCAGAAUGAGUUCACCUGUGCGUUGGGUGCCUCCCCCGAUGGCCCAGUGGGCGGGGGGCCGGCUGUGCGCGUCAGCUGCAAGCUGCCGUCCGUGCAGCUGCAGCGGAUCAUCGCAGGUGUGGACAUCGUGCUGCUGUGCUUCAUGAACCUCAUCAUCCUCGUCAACCUCAUCCACCUCUUCAUCUUCCGCAAGAGCAACUUCAUCUUUGACAAGCUGCACAAGGUGGGCAUCAAGACCCGACGGCAGUGGCGCCGCUCCCAGUUCUGCGACAUUAACAUCCUGGCCAUGUUCUGCAACGAGAACCGGGACCACAUCAAGUCGCUCAACCGGCUAGAUUUCAUCACCAACGAGAGCGACCUCAUGUAUGACAAUGUGGUGCGGCAGCUGCUGGCCGCGCUGGCCCAGUCCAACCACGACGCCACUCCCACCGUGCGUGACUCGGGCAUCCAGACCGUGGACCCCAGCGCCAACCCCGCUGAGCCCGACGGCUCUGCUGAGCCGCCCGUGGUCAAGCGGCCACGCAAGAAGAUGAAGUGGAUCCCCACCAGCAACCCGCUGCCGCAGCCCUUCAAGGAGCAGCUGGCCAUCAUGCGCGUGGAGAACAGCAAGGCUGAGAAGCCCAAGCCUGUGCGCAGGAAGACGGCUACCGACACUCUGAUCGCCCCACUCCUGGACGCAGGUGCCCGCGCUGCACACCACUACAAGGGCGGCGGGGGUGAUACGGGUGCCGCCACUGCCCCAGACAAGAAGCAUGCACGCCACUUCUCCCUGGAUGUGCACCCCUAUAUCCUGGGCACCAAGAAGGCCAAGCCCGAGACGGUGCCCGCCACCCUGCCCGCCUCCCGCAGCCAGGAAGGCAGCUUCCUGUCCCAAACUGAGGAGUGCGGGCUGGGCCUAGCCACAGCACCCACCAAAGAUGCCCCGCUUCCCGAGGAGACCCCAUACCCUGCAGAGCCAGCCCGGCCUGGACUUCCUGCUGGGGGCCCGUUCCACGUCUGCUCACCCUCCGCGCCGCCCGCUGUGGCCCCUCUGUCACCAGCCAGCCUGGGCAAGGCCGAUCCCCUGGCCAUCCUGAGCCGAAAUGCCACCCACCCCCUGCUCCACAUCAACACACUGUACGAAGCCCGGGAGGAGGACGAGGGGGGCCCCCGGGUACCUCCGGACAUGGGCGACCUCAUCGCCAUCCCCCCACCCCAGCAGAUCCUCAUUGCCACUUUCGAGGAGCCCAGAACAGUCGUGAGUACCGUGGAGUUCUGAGGGACGGGCCCCCUGGGCCCCCUGCAUGAGCGCGUGGACACGGCUUCUGCCUGCCCGGCACUGCCACCCCAGCCUCUGCCCGCGUGCCGGGGCUCAGCACCCUUGCGCUGGCUCACUGAGGCACCGAGGUGAGGGGGCUGGGGCGGGGCAGAAGCGAGGUGCCGCCCAGCCUGAUGCAGGCACCGUGCUGGGUGCCAGGCUGCGAGAUGAAGAGUUUUAUUUUUUUAGCCAGUUUUGUUGUGGGCCAAGUCUGGCAGGACAGCUCGGUGCCCCCAGGGCAAGCAAGGAUACUGGGGAAGGUGGCACUGGCCACAGGGCCAUGCCCCAGGGGUCACCCACAGAGGAGCUCCACCCCUGCAGGGACCUUUGCCCUCGGCGGGGAGGGGCAGCCCGGGGUCCAAAUCAACAUGCACUUUCUCCCUGUAGCCUGACAUACACUUUAUUUUACUAUGACUACUGUAACUAACGAGCAUAUUUAUCAUCAGGAGACUUAGGAUGAGUUUAAAGCAAGGGGUGGUGUGUGAGUGGGUGUGAGUGGACAAGUGCAGGAGUGAACUGAGAGUGUGUGGGGAGAGGCCUGGUGCCACUGUACCAGCAUUUGUGAGUAGGAAUGGGUGCAAGAGAGCUUGAGUGCGUGUGUGUGGACUGACCUGCGUGUGCAAGGGGCACCAUAUGCGUGUGAGCCGGGGGUGAGGGCAGGUGGGCGCCAGCACGUGAGUGAGGGAAGGGGUCCAACGCAAUAACCACCACUCCUGGGCCCAAGCUGCAGUCCAGUUACCUGGAGCCCAGGCUGCCGCUGGCCCCGCCCCUAUUACCUCAGCCAGCCACGGCAGCUCAUGACGCAGUAUUAACGAGGUAGCACUGACCAUAUCAAUAAAUGUUAUUCUGAUAACUGCUGGUCCUGCCACGCCCCACUCCCUGCACCGCGCCUCCUGUCCAACUUUCAGAGUGGUCCCUGGCUUUCUCGGUUCUCAUGGCCGCCUACCAGGAUACAGGGGUCUUGAACCUCCACCCCACCGUGUGAGGGAGGUGCACCUGUGGCUUCCAAGGGAUGUGGCUGAAGCCUGGCCCCAGGCACAGGGAGACAAAGGAGUGUCCCCGACCCUGGUGCAGGGAGACAUCUCUUGGGUCAGACACGUGGGGAUGGGAGGCAGGUCAGGUGUUCUGCCUGGGGGACAGAGCUGACAGUCCAGAAGGGCUUCACAAGCAGGUGCCUCGGUGGUGCUUAUCUGAGGUGCUCGUCACGGUGGGGGUCCAUGGACAGGGCUUUCAAACUGUAGGCCCACGGCCCAGCGGGGCCCACAGAAGGCCAUAGCCAGCAACCCCACGUGUCUGAACCAAAGUUCCUUGGAGGCAGGGGCUCAGGAGCUGGGCCCCAAACCCCAGGGAGUGGAGUCGGCUGAGGUCAGAGUGGGCCCUCCUACUACCUGGCUUGGGCAUCGUGGUAGCUCCCUCAGCAGUCCCUUCACUGGAACAGCCCUGGGGGACAGGGCAGGGCUCCCCAGAGUCCCUGGGAGUGGCCAAGGUACAGCCACCACAGCCCAGCCUGGACAGGAGACUUCUUCCACUUACAGUGUAGCUUUUACCAUCAGCUCUAAAGUGCUCUAACUGUCCCGUCUGGUGGGCACAGCAUAGGGGACGCCUGCCAUGGGACAGACAGGUGACAGCUCACAGGUGCUGAGAGGCUGCGCCACCACGCAAGGAAGGACAGGCAGAAAGAGGAGGAGCAACGUGGGCGGGCAGUUCUGCUGUGGCUCCCCGGGAACAGCAGGGGGCGCAGCUCAGCGGCUUAGGCUCUGCCAGUUUGCAGAACCUCAGCAGGUAUGGGCACAGGGCGUCCCUGGUUGCCCGGCUGGUCCCGGUCCCCGAGUGGCGGGGCCGGUGGACGGGGGCCCAGGGUGUGGAGCUGACGGGGUGCAGACUGAGCCAGUGGUUCACACAGUGUUGCUGCUGGCUCUGGAGGGGCAGCUGCCCAGUGUCAGCAUGUCCCACCGUCAAAGCCUCAGAAGUGCAGAAAAUAAAAGUCGUGGUUAACACA